AUGACUAAAAUAUACAGAGAAGGAAAACAUCUUAAAAUUCACUCCAUCAUCAAAUGGAAGUUGUUGCAAGACAGAGUUGACAGGGCCAUGGAUUACUCCAAUACAGAGUUGAUGUCAUUAGGCAGGGAAAUAGUGGAUUUUCAUGGAGAGAUGAUUUUGCUAGAGAACUAUAGUGCACUUAAUUACACAGGUCUAGUGAAGAUAAUAAAGAAACAUGAUAAACGAUUCGGCGCUCUCCUUCGCCUGCCUUUUAUUCAAGAGGUGUUAAACCAACCCUUUUUUGAAACUUAUGUGCUCAAUAGUAUUGUGAAGGAGUGUCAGAUGAUAUUAAACAUUCUUUUCGCCAAUAAUGAUGAGCCGACUUUUCCGUGUUCAUCAACUAGUGAGGAAACUGAGGAAGGCGAAGACGAAGACAGAUGUGGCUCGAAUGUGAUUGAGGAUGAAAAUAAAGAGAAACUUAUGCAGGCUCCUAACGAGCUCGCUGAAGAGAAACUUAUGCAGGCUCCUAAAGAGAAACCAGCCCUUUAUUCUAAUUUUUCCAUAAACUCACAUGUUCAGAAAUACGUUCAAUAUACUUUCUUCUCUCUAAUUUCCUCACCGUAG